UUGAACGUCAAAUCAAUGUCAUCAUCAAAAUGUCUUCAUUAUGCAUGAGCCCAGAAGAAAUUGAUAAAUCUGAACGUAUAUGCGAGAAGAAAACAGAAAAAUCUUAUGCUAAACGAUACAGAUGGACGGGCCGAGGAACUCAAUGCUACGAAGGUUUCACCCUGUACGAUAAUAUCCAUGGUAGUGGAACUUAUUUCAUUGAUGAUGGACAUUAUAUCUAUUACGACGGGCUGUUCUAUGCUAAUAAAUUAGAAGGUUAUUGUCAGAUAUUCUACUCAGAACAUGGUACGCAUUUUCAAGGACUUUUCAAAGACAACAAAAGAUUUGGACCUGGCGUUUUAACUUAUAGUGAUGGAAGACAAGAUGUUGGAAUAUGGGAUGGUUUUUCUUUGAUUAGAACUGGAGAAGCUUUCCAUUCACUCAUUACCUGUUUGGCGAAUACUAAUAGUGGCCAUCUUAAAUUGAUGAAAUUCAGGAAUUUAGUGAAUGUGUCUCCUACAGAGCUAGAUGAUGUGGCUAAAGAAUUACUUAUGUGUUUAGGGGCCGAUGAUAAAGUUUUGGAGAAAUCGGACGAAUUGUACAAUACAAAUAUCAAAAAUAGAAAUAGUGUAUUCUUCAACAAGUCCAUGUAUGAUGAAUAUUAUGCAAGAAAAUCCUCUAUCAUAGAAGUAUUGAUCGAGGAAUCUGACUCAAACAUUCUAGUGGAGUUGAAACCUGAAGACGAGAAGAAGGAACUUGAGAUGAUUCAAAAUAAAUUGGAUGAAUUCGAUAAACGUUUAGCAACGAUUGAGAAGCAGAUUGUGAAAAUUGGUAGAGACAAAGAUAAGAUUCAGAGAAUGCUCGAUUUAUGUAAUAAAUGUUGUUUAGUUGAUGACAAAAACGAAUCUAAGGCCGAGAACAAUGUCAGUGACUCUAUUAAAUCGGAAGCCACUACCGAUAGUCAGCAGAUGGAUGGGAUAUAUUCCAAUAUUUCAACAAUAACUUGGAAUUUAGGUGAUGUCAGUAUCAUGUCGACCUUUUCAGAAAAGCGAGAUGAUAUUGAUCCGAACGUAAACGUGGAUUUAGGUGACGAAUUGAGUGAUUCAGAUAGUUGUACAUGUAUGGACGAAAUGGGGAUCGAGGAUAUAGUCAAUUUGGAAAAUAAACUGGAUUGUAUCUCCAAUGAAUACGCUUUUUACUCCAUUAUCGCUAAUCAGUUGAGAGAAAAGAGAAAUACACUUUCACAUCAUCUUAAAAUUCGUGAAACGUUCAAAUUCAGUAAAGUAACUCCAUCUAACGUAUUGGCAUGGAAUAACGAGCCCAUCUUGAUGAAAAUAUUGAAGCAUAGCUUUCUUCUCAGAAGGACCGAGUAUAUGGUGAACUUUAACGUUUCUGAUUUGUUGUCGGGAUUAAGACAAGGAUAUGGUCCACCAGGUGACAUAGAAACUGCUUGUACUCAAUUCUUCUAUCAAUGCUAUAUUGGAGAUAAUCAUUCUGUGAUAAAUCAUUUGAAAACACGUCACUUCGGUGUCAACGUCUCUGAUGCUUUAGGGAAUACUGGUAUAUUUUUUGCCACUGUUCGUAAUAGGUUGGAUACUAUAAAAAUUCUAGCUCAAUUCGGAGCAAAUACUAAUCAAUUGAACGAUGAAUGCCUAACUCCUUUAAGUCUAUCUGUUAUCCUUUAUUUAAGUGAAAAAUAUCAAGUCGACAAUUACGAGAAAGCAUUCAUACCGGGAACUGUUGUAUCCGAAGAUGAUGAAAAAGAAGGAAAAAUUUGGUACCCCAGCAAAUCUGUAUUAGAUGUAAUGAAUACAAGAAGAGGAUCAGUUCGUUUUAUGACCAAGAAAAAGACGAAAAACAAGUCCAAUUCUGAAGAAGACGUGGUAAAUCAUUCAGACUAUAUUUUCUCCACAAAUUUUCCAUGCUACAAACUUGAACCCAUUAAGGCAGUUAGUGAUUAUUCUAUACUUAGGUUCGAUAGCUCUGGACUAUCAAGUGCUUUAAAGAUUAUCGAAGAAACAAUAGAAAUUUUGUUAGAAAACGGAGCAAAACCAUAUUCAGGGAAAUGUCCGAUUCCAGUAUUUCUGAUGACACUUUAUACAGAAAACGCUAGAAUGGUUGAAAAAUUUCUAGAAUACGGAGCCGAUGUUAACGUACUUACAGAUAACGAGAAAUUAAAUGCCCUCCAUAUUAUGGCCAGUGCUAAAUGUGUUGUAGAAAAUUUGGAAAUAUUUGAAAUACUGAUAAAAUAUGGUUGUAAUCCCAAUAUAAAAGCUGAAGCCAAUCAUUGGGAAGGAAUAAAAAAUAAAUUAACAACAUUUGUUGUUGAAGAAUUUGAAGACGACGAGAAAAAUCCAUUACACACAUUAUGUCUCAGAACUGACUUCCAUUCAGACAAUUGUUAUUAUUUAGAAACUCUAGCGAAAGUACUUGUCAAGUCUGGGAUUGAUGUGAAAGAAACUUAUUUGGGACAAGACGCACUAAGAUUGGCAAUGAUAUCAGGAAAUGUGAAUCUAGUUCGUAUUUUGGUUAAUCUGGAUAUCAUAGAUCCUUAUAGAGUCAACAAUAAUGAAGGAAAUGUCUUGACUUUUUUCUUCACCAAUAGAUUCAUUAAUAUCCUUCCACUGGAAACUAUGAAAAAAGUACUUGAAAAUGUGGUGCACGAAAACGUCAGUCCAUUGAAUCCUGUGGGAGAAUACGAAAACGUUGCUGAUUUUAUAAAGAAGAAUCUGACGAUAAAACAAAAGUCCACGAAACAAGAAAAGCAGAAACAAGAUGUGAAAUCGAACAAUCAUAUUAAACUGAUUAAAAAGAACAUUCAAGUGAUGCACAAAUUGGAGGAAUUCGUAGGAGUGCAGACCAGGCGCAAAAUUUUAGAGAGACUUGCUUUGCUCUUCACUGAAGUUUUGUACGACUGUGCAGAAGCUGACUUGUUGCACAAAGAAUCAAUUAAACCUAUAGCAUUGUAUGUUUUCCCUGAAACCUUUCUAAAGAAUCUCAAGAUACUUUUCAACCAUGGAAAAAUUCAUGAAUUUAGAUUUGAUAUUGGAUUGAUUCGUGAUGUGAUCGAUUUCUUGCUUGAAAAUUGUAAGUUUCCUCCCAUUAAAUCUAAAAAACAAUUCCAAAAACAGCGUUCCAAAAAUGAUGUGCAGUACCAAAGCACUGGCGUACCUUCUGCAGAAGAAUUUUUGAAAUCCAUCGAAAAUAUGGAUUUUAGGAAUAAGGAGAUUGCCAAAAAGAGGUACAAUCUUUUUCCUCCUGGCUUGGAUGAUCCAAAAAGGUACAGCGUAUGUAUCGAAUGCUUCAAACCUGUAAAUGAAUUUGUUUGUCCCGUAUGCCAACAAAUAUAUUUUUGCACCGAAAGAUGUUUCCAGAAACAUCAAAAAAGAAAAUCUGACAAACAUCUUUGCGGUAUAAACAUAUUCAAUAGAAGAAGCCCAUCCCAAAUGAUUAUAGGUCUCAUGGAUUUGUUCUAUUUAUCUCACGAUCAAAAAAAUACGUCAAAAAAGUGGUCUAAAUAUGAUAUGGGAGAAAAUUUAUUGACAGGCCAACGCGAACAAGCCUCAUAUGGUAGAACUUUUACAAAAACUGUUGAUUCUGAUAUGCGCGUCCAUAUGGACUUUGAAGGAAAAAGAUCUAGAAGGACGAGUAGAGUCAACAAACAAGUUUAUUCCAAAGCUAUGAGGGAGAGGUGGAGCGAUUCCGAACACGAAAUUAAGACACGAGAUCAGGGAGCUAAAAAAUCGAGAACCGGCAAGAAGUUUAAGAAACUCAGAAAAGGUGAUGAUUCUGAUGGAACUGAUAGUUUUGACAACGAUGUUAAAAGUGGAAAAACUAAGCGCGGUGGUAGAACAAAAUAUGAAGACGAGAAUCGAAAAAAAAUUGAAAAAUCGGAAAAAAAUGACUUCGUUGGACGUGUUGAUAAACGGGUCGAAAAUAAAAUUCAACGAGAUAAAAGUGAGAGUAAAUAUAAAAAACCAGUCGCUUAUAAUGAGAACGUUUCAAAACAAGUUUCUACGUUGGAUAAAAAGCGAUAUGAAAAACCUUUAGAUAUGAGACAACAAGCUAAUUUAAGAAACGUAGCGCUGCUUAAUAAACAAGGUCGUUCAGAACUAGAUGAUAAUUCAAGAAAAUUAGGUCUCAAUAAUAAAAAUAUCGCAUUUGCUACAUUACAUGGUAAACAAGAUCCAGAAAUACCUGAUAAUACCUUGAAAUUUGAUCACCUUCCACCAAAAUCGAUAUUCUUUCUAGAAAUCUUGAGUAAAUUAUUACCAGAAGUGGAUUUACACGAGAUAAUUUUCCCUUAUAUAUGCUACGAAAAUGGGCAUCUCUAUUAUUUAUUCAAAAAUAGUGAAUAUUUUUGUAAAAAUUAUAGUAUGAAUUGAAA